GGUUGAUAUCGGAUAUCUACAACGAACUGUCAUAUACAAUCAUGCGUCUGCUCUCGCUGCUGCCACAGGCAGUGCUACUGCUUGGUGUCCUCCACAAUGGCGUUUCCGCCGCUGAGUGGUCUUUCACCGAAGGAUCAGUGAGCGUCCAAGGCAAAGGAGCAGGCGUGGGAGGAGGACUGAAAGAGAAGUUGACCCCGUCGAAGCCUGUGACGAGUCCUAUCAAGCUUGGGCCGGUCGAUACUCUCAAGGUUGUUCUCACUACCCAAGAGGGCAAGUCGACCAAGCGACCUCAUCAGGCAUUCCUCCUCCUGCAAGACCCUGCCACGAACCUAGACAUCUCCUACCCCUUCAGUGUCAAAGAAUCGGGUAAAGCCAAAUUGGAUUUGACGCACAAAGACCUUCCCGUGCAGUUCCUCCGCGGCUCGUCUCCCUUGACUGCCAGCAUUAUCCUUGGUUCCUUUGGUACAUCCGAGGCCUUCAACAGCAACGCCUUCUCCCUCAGCAUCGAUCUCGAGGGGAGCACAACUGUUCCAUCCACCGAGAAACCUAUCAGAUAUGGAAAGAGACCGGAAAUACACCACAUCUUCAGGGCAGACCCCAAGAGCCCCAACAUCGUCAUCACCUUGACUUUUCUCGGCGCUGUUUUGGCCACAUUACCGGUCCUGUUUGGCGCGUGGCUAUAUCUUGGCGGCAAUGUCGACCACGUCUCUAAGGCACUGUCAGACGCCCCGUUGUCUCACACCCUGUUCGUUGGGAGCAUCAUCGGCAUUGAGGGCGUCUUUUUCCUCUACUAUACCACCUGGAAUCUCUUCAAAACCCUCCCCGUAUUGUCGGCGAUCGGACUUGUCGCAUUCUUAUCCGGAAGUAGAGCCCUCACCGAAGUGCAGGAACGACGGCUGGCAGGUCAACGCUGAGGAUGACCCUAAACACUGAAAGCAUGUAUAACCACAGAUGGAGUUUACUCUAAGAUAUAUUGGAACUUCGAUAAAAGUUCUGGAAGCUCGCACUUUGACUCAGUCGACUGGUCCUGGUCGCUUCUCACGAUAGACAACCUGAUUUUGUUCUACUAUACAAUGGAUGGUCCGGAAUGUCACGCCUCAAUAGGGCUGACUCAAACCGAUCGCUCAUUAUACCCUCCAGUCCAUUUUAGGGGCCGCUGUCACGUCUUGACUUUGACUUUCACGACCUUGAUGGAGACGAAAGAAUCUCCCUCGCAAUCUUGCUCCGCGCGCGAAUCUUCUCACCAUUGAAAAGUAGAACCCAGGGAACCAGGGUCAACAAAGCACUAAUGCCUCCCAGCAAGCUACUGGCUUGAGGAUAACCUAAAUUUGUAAACAUCUGGUUGGUGAAAAGAGGAAAGAUUGCGGCCAUGAGGUUGCGCAUGAAUCCCUGGGCCGCAAGGGCAGAAGAGGCAUAACGAUGGUAGACAUCGGCAAGAUAGUUGAAGACAGCCAGGUAGAUGGAGAAGAUGCCAAUCUGAGCACAUCCGAUGGCCAAUACGGGAG